AUGUCCACUAUCUACAACCUUGAACCUCAACCUACAGCAUCUUGUGUCCUUAACACCACAGCUGGUGAUAUCUCUCUCGAACUAUGGGCAUCCCAGUUACCACUUACCUGUCGCAACUUCCUCCAGCACUGCCUUGACGGAUACUAUGAUAACACAAUAUUUCAUCGCUUGGUACCCAAUUUUAUCCUUCAAGGCGGUGAUCCUACCGGUACUGGCAAUGGCGGCGAAUCUAUCUAUGACUGUGGAUUCAAGGAUGAAUUUCACAGUCGCAUAAAAUUCAAUAGGAGAGGCUUGUUGGGUAUGGCGAAUGAAGGCCCUGACUCUAAUGGGAGUCAGUUCUUCAUCACUCUGGAUAGUACACCUGAGCUGCAGGGCAAGAACACAUUAUUUGGUCGCGUAGCUGGUGAUACGAUUUAUAAUGUUGCCCUUAUUGGUGAAGCAGAGGUAGGAGAGGGUGAAAGGCCUACGUAUCCUGUAAAGAUAACCUCAGUGGAGAUACUUGUGAACCCAUUUAAAGACAUGAUCAGACGAGAAAGAAUUGCUCCGACUGUCGUACCGCUCAUGGUUACGGAGAAGAAGAAGAAAAAGAAGCUGAAAAUCCCUCUAAGCUUCGGCGAUGAUGAGGAGACCAACUUCAAUGAACCUUUGGUCAAAAGAGCAAAGUUUGACUCUAGGAUAGUUAUGGAAGCCGAAAAAAAUAUCAAUUCCAGGAUAGCGACAAAGACAGAGAAAGAUCCCGAUACGAGUUCGAAAGUACCCAAGGUUUCGAAAAAAAUACGUACCGAGGUAGAGCCAAGCUCGCCACAAAAUAUCCCUCUAUCAAAUGAUCUAGCACUUAAGAAUGAUUCUAAGCUUAAUGGUCGCGAGACUACACCUCCGGAAUCGAUGCAGAAAGUUACGUCACUUCUUGAGCGCACAAACGCACAAAUAGCAGAACUGAAGGCUUCAUUAAGACGUAACAACCAAGGGGCUCCAGAAAUAGUAGAACAGAAAUCUGUUUUCGAAGCGAUGAUACCUGUGACCUCGGAACGUGGUCGAAAGCGAAACUCGGCAGAAAAUGCUCCACCAAGCCAAAAAUCAAUUGAUAUACUCAAGGCAUUUCAAACAAAGCUUCAACAAGCAUCUCAGCCUUCCUCUCUCACAGAAACCAGGCAAUUCUCAGCCAUCCAACUCGAAAAUAAUCAAGUGACUGAGAAAAUAACAGAAUCUGUCACUAUUGACGAGGAGGCAACUCUUUGUGAUCUCCAUUUCAUUUCCUCCUGCCAAUCCUGCUCAAAGUGGGAAACGGCACCAAUAGAUGGCGUUGCUGGGAUAGAACAAGAUGAAGACCUUCGCGGUACCGGCUGGAUGUCUCAUACGCUAAAUUUCAAGGAAGAUAAACUUGGAAAAGACCUCAGCUUUAAGCGGAAAGCAGAAGAAGAGUUAGUUGUCAUUGAUCCGCGAGAAAAGGCGAGGACACUCAAGGAAGAAAUUCGGGCGAAGCGUUUAGCAAAGUCUGGCGACAUGGGAAGGGAGUGGAACAGUGAUAGGCCUGAGCAUCUCGCCAGACCCCUAAAUGAGAAGCGUUCCAAGUAA